UGUUCAUAAAAUUGUUGAAUGAAUUUUAUUUCUUUUCGAUUGUAUAAAACUAAAUGGACUGUGCGAUUGAGCUUCGAAUGAUAUUAUGUAAAUGAACAUUUACAUUAGAAAUCGCUAUCCUGGAAAUGAAUACAUAGAGAAUUUUAAUAGUUAAAGUUAUCUAUUUGCCAAUAAUCGCAGAAUUGGAGUCAGACCUGGAUAACAAAUUGGUAUUACACAAAUCUGAGUUAUCGACAUGGAUUUGUAAAAUUUUAAUGGUGAAGUGGAUAUACAUAAUGACAAAGAUACUUGACCCGGCGACGGAAAUUGCUAAUAUUUUGUGAAAACAUUACCUGACGCCUUAGCAACACAAGUUUCCUUAUCUAAACAUGGCGAGAAUUUUAUUAUGUUUCUGGCUGACCUGUAUUUGUUACAAGUAUACGAUAACGAUAAAACUGGAGCCAAAUCAUAACAGAUCGCAUCAUCCUGAUAAUGAACCUUUAGUAAAGAAACCAGUGCAAUCUUUUGAAUUAGCAAGGCUGCAAAGUAUCGUUGAGGCCAAUCCUUAUAUGGUAGCCUUGUUAAAUAAUAGGAAAUACUUUCACUGUACUGGGGUCAUUGUUAGUAAGAGAGCAGCAUUAACUGCAUCAAAAUGUAUUGACAACGACAAACUCAAAUAUAUCGGAGUGGGACUCGCUUUUGUAGAUCCAGAAUAUUUGAACGAUAAUGCUUUGAAGGCAAUCGAUGCAGCCGAAGUAUUUGGAAAAGCGUAUGAUCACGAACAUAGCAAAGUUGGAAUCGUGUAUUCCGUGACCGAUGAUCUAGAUAAAUAUUUUGGACGGAUUGAUAUAAAUAGAGGGCUAAAUUUUUAUGAUCGACCUAAAAUGUUUUCUGUUUUUGGUUACGGUGUAUACCCUAACUUUGGAUUAUACGCGAUACAAACGAGGCUGUUGUAUAGAAGAUUAUGUUCUGAAACUGUUUCCGACAAUGCAACAGUGUGUGGUGUUAAUUAUUUUGAUUAUGAUGAACAUACGUUAGGUAAAGGAGGUGUUGUUAUCAUAGAGCAUGAAGCUGUAGCCAUUACAGGGUGGACUCGAAAGGAUUUCAGUCUGGACUAUAAUCUAAGGCACGUUGACGAUUUAACUUUUGAAAUGUACACCUUGGUUGGACGUCUUAAUAUAGAAAAUGAAAUAGAGAGGAUGGAAAAAAGCAGGUUUUCAGGGUACACAUACCUCAGCCAACGGGGAAAUGGUGUGGUUUUUGAUAAACGUAUAAUGUUUUUACUAAUUUUUGCUGUAUUUUAAUAAACAUUAUUUUUAUUUUU